AUUGGAAUUGGAGUCACCGCUGGCUAGAAACUUUUUUUAUUCUUAUUUUUUCAGCUCUCUUGUCAUAUCAGUCAGUGAACGUAGCCAAAUAGUAGACCAACCAUCAACCCAGACCAACUCAGUAGACUGCGUUCGACUUUGCUUCGCCUCUGGCUCCCUCGCCGAUCGGACCUGGCAAUUGUCGCAAAAUUUGUACGGCCUUUUUCUCGAGACGUUCCAAAUUGAAACCUGCGAUCCCGCCGCGAAUAAACCCAAGACAAGAUCUGCCGCCCGCGACACUCCGUCUCGACUGCGGUGCGGCAGUCCCCGGCUCUAGCGUCUUGGAUUCUCUUCCCCGACAAGACGAAAACAGAGAAGUUCUCCCCCGUACUCGAGGCCAUCGCCUCGCACAAACCCCUCCAAGAUGGCGACCGCCCGCUCGACCCCGUCGAUGACCGACGACCCAGCCAAGCUCCAAGACCUCAAGGAGGAGCUGUACGAGGCCUGCGUCAACCAUGGCUCCCCCGAACGGCUGUACGGGCAAAAGGACCUCCUGGCGCUCGGCGUCGUGUCCGAGGACAACCCGACCCUGCUUCUUAAGGUGAUCCAGGGCCUGACGGACGACAAGCUCCUGGUGCCCGUCAACGACGCGCGCAAGGGCGGCCUGGCCUGGCGGUACCGCACGCGCGAGGACGCCGCCAAGUACGCCACGCUGCCCAGCUCCGAGGCCAUGCUCGUCUACACGCUCAUCGACGAGGCCGGCGCCGACGGAAUCUGGUCGCGCGCCAUCCUGCGGCGCCUGGGGAUGCACGAUGCCACCCUCAAGCAGGCCCUCAAGCAGCUCGAGAGCAAGGGCUUCAUCUCGGAGAUGAAGAGCGUCGAGCACCCCAACAAAAAGAUGUACAUCAAGGCCAACCUCCGACCCUCGGAAAAGGCCACCGGUGGCCCCUGGUACAACGACUCGACCCUGGACGAGGCCUUUAUCGACGAGCUGGAGCGCGUCGUCUUCGACAUUGUCAAGGCCAGGAGCACAUACAGGUCCCACGCCUCGGACAGCGCCAACGCCAAGGUUCCCAAGAAGGCCGUCAAGGGGACGGCAACGGCGGCUGGGAAGAAGCGCACGGCGGCGGAGGCGGGCGUCGACUCGACCACCAACGGCAACGGCCAUGCUCCCAAGGUCAACGGCCACACCGGCUCGGGCGCCGUGUCUUCCUCGCGCAGGAACAAACUCCGCCCCCUCCCGGCCGGUUACAAGGGCUACCCGACGACCAAGCAGAUCGCCGUCAUGAUACAGGAGGCCGGCAUCGCCAAGAACCAAACGCUAGAGGAGGACGACAUCCAGCAGCUCGUCGACGUCUUGGUGUUUGACGGCCUCAUUGAGCCCGUGCACCACGGAUACGAGCCGCGGAAGCCCGGGUACCGCGCGGCCGAGGUUGCCAGGUUGGACGACGUCACGCUCAGCGACCAGAACCAGAUGGACGUCGUUCGCAUGGGCCCGCCGGCACGCGAAAACGGUCUGACCGAAGCACCGUGUGGCAGGUGUCCUGUUUUUGAGCUUUGCGAGGAGGGAGGGCCCGUCAGUCCGCGGACUUGCAUAUACUACAACAAGUGGCUUGGACUGCACACAGAGGAGAAAAAGGCUUCUGUUGAAGAGGCUGUCGUCGAAAUCUGAAAAGGAAUUCAAAAAAAGAUAGCUGCUGGUCACUUAACUGUAUUAUUUCAUCAAUUGUCUCAUUUAGCGGGCGUUGGGUGGUACAAUCAUUCGCAAAAGAUAACUAUCUAGGCAAAGAAAAGCAAAAACAAUUAACUUGACGCAUGGCGCAUGCCCUGCAGGUUGCAUCGAGUGAAAAAGUAAAUCUUUGACACCACAGUCAUGAC